GCAAGGUGUGAUCGGUGAUCCAUUGAAGAUAGUUACCUCCCGCGGAACGUGAAACCAGUGCGUCUGGUCGGUUAGCGCGUGCGAGUUACAGCGGACUACAAGCCGAACGCGAGAGUGUAGAAAAAGAGACUUGUUCAGGUGUUUACAAAUCAUACAGCCUCUACGGAGUGUGGCCCAAAGCGUACAGUGAAUCGUGUCGAAACGGAUUGGGGUCACACAGCAAAUCGAAAGAAGCGAGAAUAAAACGAACAGCACACAACAAUGGUACCCUGCAGUAGUAGCCGUCGUGUGUUCCCAGGUGUUUUAGUAGCAGUACUCGCCCUGAUUGCGCUGACGCCGGCAGUAGAGGGCAGAUUUGCGAGACGCUUUCCGUCCGAUUUUCGCUUCGGAGUUGGCAGCUCCGCGUACCAGAUCGAGGGCGGUUGGAAUGCAAGCGGCAAGGGUGAAUCAAUCUGGGACCGGAUGACGCACCGACAUCCGGAAAAGAUUGCAGACGAAAGCAAUGGAGACGUUAGCUCGGAUAGCUAUCACAAUUGGCGGAGAGACGUCCAGAUGGUGCGGGAGCUUGGGGUGGAUGUGUAUCGGUUUUCACUCUCCUGGCCGCGUAUCUUGCCGAACGGGUUCCUGAACAGUGUCAGCAAGGCGGGCAUCGCUUAUUACAGCAAUCUGAUCGACGAGCUCAUCAAGUACAACAUUACACCCAUGGUGACGCUUUACCACUGGGAUCUUCCGCAUCGUUUCCAGCAGCUGGGCGGUUGGAACAAUCCCGAAAUCAUCGGAUACUUCCAGGAGUACGCUAAAGUUGCGUUUGAGCAGUUUGGUGAUCGGGUAAAGAUUUGGACUACCAUCAACGAACCGUGGCAUGUGUGUGAGCAUGGCUACGGUGUGGACUUUAUGGCGCCAGCCCUGAACUAUCCGGGCAUUGCAUCGUACCUGUGUGGACACAAUCUGCUGAAGGCCCAUGCCGAAACGGUUCACAUGUAUCGAAGAAUCUUCCAACCGAAGCAGCAGGGCAAGAUUGGUAUUACGCUCGACACAUCCUGGCCAGAACCGGCCACCAACAGUGAGGACGAUCGUAUGGCUUCGGAAAUUGCGGCCCAAUUCUAUGUUGGCUGGUUCGGACAUCCAAUCUUCUCCGAGACGGGCAACUAUCCGCAGAUUAUGAUCGAUCGCGUUGGUGCGAUGAGUCGUCAGCAGGGCUACACCAAGUCACGACUGCCAACCUUCACCAAGGAGGAGAUCGAACGCAUCAAGGGUACGGCGGACUUCUUCGGCAUUAACUCGUACACGAGCGUGCUGGUGCGGAAAAACGAUCGCAACAAUUCGGCCAACUUCCCGGUGCCGUCCUUCAACCACGAUAUGGGCGUGGUAGAGUCCGUCGAUCCUGAAUGGCCAAAGAGUGGUUCCUUCUGGUUGCAUGUUGUACCGUCCGGCAUGAACAAGCUUCUGAACUGGAUUCGGCGCGAGUACAGCAAUCCGACGGUGUACAUUACGGAGAACGGUGUGAGCGAUCUUGGCGGGACGAACGAUGUGAAGCGUAUCGACUACUUCAACUCGUACCUGGAGGCCGUGAUGGAUGCGUUGGAAGAUGGCUGCAACAUUCAGAUGUACAUUGCUUGGAGUCUCAUGGAUAGCUUCGAAUGGAAGGCUGGCUACACCGAAAAGUUUGGCCUGUACCAUGUCGACUUUAGCAGCCCAAACAGGACACGCACACCGAAAGCCUCCGCCAAGGUGUACGCCAACAUCGUCCGCACGCAUCAGAUCGAUUGGAGCUUCCGGCCUACGCCGGAGGUGUUCAUUCUACCGCCGUCCCCGUACCAGUCGAGCAGCAAUCGGUUGAGCAUUACGGUACCGGUGGUGUGCUUGCUGGUGGCCUCCAUUGGUGCGCUAGUCAAAGUUCUGUGCUGCUAACGCAGACGCGCGUUAAACGAUCUCCCCAGCCCCGGAUGGAUGUGGAAGCGAUGGUACUUGUAAGAGAUUUAUUUAUGAACCCCCGCGUACGUGCAACGUGCGACUCAUUGUGCCUUGUGAGAUAAUUAGAUAGGGUAUAAAACGCUAGACUAUUGAUAACGAAAA